GUAGGUUGGCUGUUGUCAGAUUGUGCAUUGAAGAAUUGGCAGCAGCCCAUACAAUGAAGUUCUGCUCCUCAGCUAUAAGUUUACUAGGCCAAGUGGAAUAAACCGUUCAGGACGGUGCAUAUGAAGUUUAGAUGGUUAAUCACACAGUAACAGUACCGCAUUUCGUUAAAUUAGUUAGUUUAGAACAACUUAACUAACGUUACCAUGACAAAAGAAAGUAGCUGACUAGCUAGCGACUGAGCUAAAUCAAAAUAUUUGCAUAGAAACUUUAUUUUUGACGGCUGAGUUGGACGGAAAACCUUCCUGAGGUGUCAGCUGUGGGCAAACGCUGGAGUUUGCGAGAUUCGUGAACUUUUGAAAGACUUUUUAAGAGCACAAAAGCGACUGGGAAUGUCGUGUCGGAGUGGAGUGGCCCGGGUGGGUAAUCAAGGACUGCAGCCCCUCCGAGCCACGGUUCCGUUUCAGCUGCAGAACCGAACAGCACUGCGCUGCAAAGACACCAAAACAGCUGAAUGCAAGACAAAGGGACGUCCGCCGAAGCCAACCUUACGUCGGACCCUGUCUCUGGACACUUUGGUGGGGCCGUACCUGCAGGGCAACUGGCCAAGAGAACCAGAGUGUCAGCCUGUUACCUGUGUCAACGACAAAGCCACACAGACUCCCAGUUCCUGGAUCGAGGAGACGCGGGGGCGGAGAGGAGGCGGCGGACAUAAGCGCUCGGCAUCAUGGGGGAGCGCCGAACACCUACGAGAGGUUGCUAAACUUCGCCAGUCCUUACAGAAACGCUCCAGACAUGCGCCUCCUGCCAUGGACUGUGACCACACACACCAAAACAUACACAAUAGUCAAACACACACUCCUGGAAGUACACAGACGAUGCCUCUGAUUCCUCUGAGUCGACUGGCCCCCAGACUGAGACGCAGUGUGGAAGGACUGAACCUGGAGCUGGAGGGAGUCUUUGUGUCUGAAACAGCAAAAGAACAGCACAAAAUUCUGGAUGUACCAGAUGGUCACAGAGCCCCCGUUCCAGUCCAGAGGUACAGCAGCGCUUCACAAAGUGACCCUUCUCCUGCCCAGCUGUCCCCCUCACACUCGCCCUGCACCAUCACAGAAACCGAUAUGGUUGUGUGCGGGCCACUCUGUCCCGCUUCCUCUCCUCCUUUAUGCAUGUCCGAGCCACCAUCGUCUUCUCCUCGUCCCAACAAGACAUACGUGUUUCAAAGAGAGCCUCCAGAAGGCUGUGAGAGAGUGCGCGUGUCUGAGGAGGCCAUCCUUCCUCAUCAGGGAAACGCUCCUCUUCAGCCUUCCUGUCCUGACCCGAACAAGGUGAAUUUCACGCCUCACGGUGGUUCCGCCUUCUGUCCCGUCAGUCUCCUCAAGCCCCUCCUCCCUUCAAUGGACCUGUUAUUUCGUGGCCUGUCGGUUUCACCAGUCACUGGCUGCUCGGCUCAAAGUGUCGCCCCUCUCCAGCCAGCGGGACAUGCUGUGGGCGGCUAUUUGAGCAGCGCCCUCCCAGACUCUCUCUGAAUAGGGGAAAAGCAAAAGAUCGUCAUGCCUUUGUCCCCUUUUCCCAGAGACACUGACAUUAAAAGUGUCUCAAAGAGAAGUGCCAUCAAACAGAGAGAAGAAUGAAAUGGACAACUCUUUGUGAUCUAAAACUAUGGUGAACUUUCUCUGAUGUGAUAGGCGGGUGACUUAUUGACCUCAGGACGCUCUACUCCGCACUUGCGAUCAUUUCGUUUCACAUUAUAGCAUUUAUCUAUUGCUAUAUUUUCUAAAAAUCGGUAUUAAUGACAAUUCCGCAUCUGUAUAAGAUUAUAUUUGUGGGAAAAGACAAUAGUCAGGCUGAACACUGAGUAUAUUUUGUCAUAUCAUAAAAAAAAUAUCGAACCUGAUCCACUCCAUGAUGAUUUUACAGAGCUGUGGAUCAGUCAACAUCAGAUGUAUAUUUCCUAAUUCAGUAUUUAAAGACACAGCUCUUUUUGGCAACACAAAAGAGAGACACUAAUAGUCUGUCAUCAGAUGUUUAUCACAGUGGCAUUUCAUCCCGACAACUGAACUUUCACGUGGUGUGAAGGCUGGGUUUGUUUUGUCUAUUUAGUAGUUGAGAAUGUACGCAUUUAGACGUCAUUAGGUUAAACUCUGAACUUCAGGUGUUUAAUAGAUGUCAGGAAAUGUUCAGUGAGAAGCUAAUAUUCAGAGAGUAAGAGGGUGAAUCUUAUUAAGCUCAUCAGGAAAGAGCUCCAUUUAUAUUUCAGAUCAAAAGAGAAGGGAAAAACAAUUGAUCACUUAAUUUUUACUUACUUAAAACAUUUGAGUCCUCAAAAAAAAAACUAAGUAAAAAAAAAUAAAUAAAUAAAU